AUGAGAUUACCGACGGCACAAAGAAUAUAUCGGAAUAGUAAUCAAUGCUUCUACUAUGAUUAUUCGAAAUUCGCUCCUGCCAAGGCUGAAUUUUUUAAACGAAAACAAGAUCGACAUGUAUUUUUACAUGUUGACAGUUACAGAAAAGAGAGUUUUCCGACUUUUAGAUUUGUGGAACUUUACCAUGGUAGACUAGGCACUUCUGUUGCUGUUUUCGUUCCACCAAAUCGCAACACUACACAGCCGUUCUCCCAAAUAUCAGAGUCAAACGAAUGUUCCACAUAUAAACGUUAUGUGCUAUUGUUGGGUUUGGCAGCUGGAUUAGUUAGUCUUGGGUCGCUCUGGUUAUACAACUUAUUUGAGUGGUGUUCAGGCUUACAAACUUUUGAAUAUCUGAAAAAGACACACCAGGUGUUCAGUCCAGAUGAAUCAGAAUGUAAAAGACAAUUUUCAACUGGGCAUGACGACGACUUUGAUUUCAAACAAAGGAGUUCCAAUUAUUCAAAAAAGGUGGAAAGUAUAGUAGAUACACAGGUAGAUAUCGACCAGUAUUUCAAUUCGCACUGUAUCCAUUACGAUCGUAAACUUCCUUCGAAGUCUGAAGAAAUAUUUCCUAGAAAAUGUGUCACAAGCACUGACAUUGUUAUCACGAAUAACGCCGAUCAAGGGGUUCGUUCACAAUUUUUAUGGACUAGUGGAUCCAUGAAUUGUCCUCAUUAUGGUUCAGGCUCAUAUAAGAUCUGUACUAUUUGUUGGCUAAAUAUGCCUGACUGCUGGCUUCAUGGCCCAACAUGGAGUUCUCUGAAUUGUCAAUUUAGUUCAAGUCAUUUAUGGAGAAACACUAACCUUUUAGGACUUCUCAUAUGCUUGCAGUUAAUAUACAGAGCAAUUUAUUUAGCUUGUAGUAGUGUAACGAAGCAAUCUAGCUCUACACAAACUAGCCCUUUAUCUACAUCGAAUUCAAUAAACAAUGAGUAUUCUGAGUGUUUACAGCAAUUGUCGAAUACUCCUUUUAAAUUUGAUAGUGAGUCUAUUACAGCUCCUACACCUUCAGUAACAUCCACUGUCAACAUGGCCCCGAUUUCUGACUGUCUGCUCUUAGAGUAUAAUGAGACAGAGUUCAAUCCUACAAAAUCAGGUCAAUUUAAUUACUUGCUUCAAUCAAAAUUAAUGAGUUCAUUCGACAUAAAUUUCAAGAAAACCAUUUUAUGUGAUAAUAAACAAAAUAACAAUUCAAAAUCUCUUUCCAUAUCUAUUGAUAACAUAUUAUUUCCAAGUAUGAAAAAUGAGAUUACUGAUCAAACUUCUAUGAAUAUCAAAUCAUCUGAUAAAGAUUUUAUAGUAGAUCCUAUUACCACUAUAUCUACAGAUCAGUUAUUGUCAAAAGUUAUCGAAAUUCUUAAUCCUAGACAAGUUGAUUGGUUAAAUAGCUCACCAGUUAGAAAAUCACCAUCACGAUCUUUAAUUCAUCGUGUACAUAGUGAUGCUGUGUUAGAUAGAAAAAUAAGUAAAUCUUGUAAAUAUUUGGUGAAGGAAGAUGAUUAUACUACUCGAACUACUACUAAUCCACCUGUAUAUCAUCGUUCACGUUUUCAUUCCAGUUCAAAUUCAUCUGCUUCUUUGUCAUGUUUAAAUAUUGACGAUAAUGAAGGUUUUGAGUACGAUGAUAUUAUUUCUAUCUAUACAACUAAAGAUGAAGUAAUGAGAAACAUUAACAAAAAUCAAAUGACUAUAAAACAUAAUCAUGGUGAUAACAAUGAUGAAGAUGAUGGUGAUGAUGAUCUCAUUGAUGAGGACAAUGAAGAUAUGGACGACAAUAUUCUUCGACAACUCGACACAUUGUCUUCUCUUCUUAACACUAAGUCUGAUAAUUAUUUUCAAGGUCAAUCAAGUGAAAUUUCAUCAGACUUAAACAAAAGUACAUAUAUUACAAAUGCACCUGAUGACGUAUUAAUAUCAUUCUCAUCACCGUCAUCAUCACCAGGAAUUAAUAAAAAUCCUAAUAACUUAUUACCUAGGAGUAACUCUGAUGCAAUAAAAUUCACUGAUCUUACACAAAAAACUGUUGUGCUCACAGAUGAAUUAAACAAACUAGGUGUUACACUUGAUCGUUUAUUGUAUAAACUACAAGCUAAUCAAAUUCAGUUGGAUCAAGCGGAAGAUAAUUUAGAUUAUAUGUGGUAUUUAAGAGAUAAUUUAGAUGAUAAUUUUUCAUCAAACACAUCUGAUUGUUGUUCUGAGUUUGGCUUAAGUGAUGUUGAAGCAGAAGCUUUACUAAAUGAUGAUGGUGAUGUUGAUUUAGAUGACAAUGGCAGUGAUGAUAAUGAAUAUAAAGGGACAGAUGAUGAUUAUUGGUCAUCACAUGGUAGAAUGACACAAUCAUCUACUCAUCCAAAUGAUUACUAUCCUAUCCGUGGUGUUUCUGGUUAUUUGUUCAGUUCACAUGGAACACUUGAUAGUUCUCAUUAUUCUAAUUUAAAAAUACCAAGUGAAAUUUGUGAUCCUCAUUCAUCAAAUUUGGAUUCAGGGUUAGAACAAUCAGUUAUGACAUGUUCUGAAUCAUAUGCGCAAAUGUUUUCACCAAUGCCAGAAAAACAUUUAGAAAAUUCUCUUGGUCACCACUUUCUAUACAAUAGAUAUUUAUCAAAUUCUCAAGUUUUUAAAAAUUACUCACAUUCACUUUCAAGGUAUUCACGUUUCAAAAAACGAUGUAGUUAUAGUCAAAGGAAACGAAUGUGUAAUAGUGAGAAUAAUCGUUUUUCUACAAAUGUUCUUCCUGAUUCUGAUGGUUUUCUACAUCCAGAUCUUACGUUUGAAAAUGAUGGUCCAUUGAAAUGGUCUGAAUCAAUGAAAGUGAAUUCAUUUUACAAGGAAUCAUAG